GUUUGUCAUCAUGCUGCGCCAUUUUGAUUCCCGUUCUAGAAGCGACGCGAACGUCUACCGUGACCGCGAAUAAAACUGCAAAAAAGUCUCCAGGCUUGAGCACCACGAGUCUGAUGUUAAAAGAAGAUAAACUCAUCGUGAGCUGUUUCUAGUCGGAGACCGCGCUCUUUUGUGACGAGGCUAAUUCAUCGCAACGUAGGAAUGGGAUGCCUGUGUACUGUAUGGCGGAGUGUUUGCACAAGUUAAGCUCGCAGCACCCUGAAUUGGUGACUAGGAAGAAAACAUGCCGCUAAACAUAACUAGCUGUUUGUUCCGUACAAAGAGGUUCUAUUUCACGUUUUGAAUGCGUUGUCGUGAUGAGUAUCGUAGGCAUGGCAACCUAGCUAGCCAAACUCUUGCCGUAAAGAAGUGUUGAAGCGGUUCCUGUCAGUUUUACGUCCUAAAGAUGUAACAGUUAGCUUAGCUAGCUAGCUAGCCUGGUUACAAUAACUAGUAGGUUGAGUUUGUUCUAAGAGUAACCAGAAUACCGCAGUGCCUUAACUGCAGGUCGGGUCUAGCUUGCAACAGUCAUAUCAGCAAAGCUACAGGUUGUUUAGACACGUUUACUUAUUUUUUUAUCACCACUCAGUGUUGUUGCUUUUGAUAUAUUUGUCUUUUUUCAGCAGUUAGAUUAGAGUUUUUUUCGUGUGUGGCAUUUUCACACGCUCUCACAUUAGACUGCUUUCUUGGUGACCACUUUUACAAAUCUGUGCUCACACAACCUACUGUCAGGUGAGCUUGAUAAAAUCUCAGCAAGUCUAUAGGCUCUUACAAAUCACCUGCAUUCGCUCAGUAAGCUUGGCCUUGAACAGACUCUGGAGAGCUCAGGCAAUGAUGAUUUAUGGAUUAAUACCUCUGGAGUUACACGAACAACUUCUUGAUCACAGGAACUACCAAAAUCGAACAAAUGGGGUAGAAGAGCUGAAAAGCAUCCUCUCUGAGCUGGACCCAAAAACUGUUUCCUUUGACAGUAUUGUGGAAUUCAUCUACUUUUUGCACAAACUUCUGGACGAUCCCAACUUUAAAGUUUUGUAUGGCACUUUACAGGUCCUGAACCUCCUCGUUCAAAAGCUGGAUUAUGAUGUGGACCAAUAUUACAAACAGAUUGCGCACGUGGCUCUCAAAACUCUGGGUGGGACACAUGCUUUUCCGCGGAAUGAAUACAUGAACAUUUUUCGGCAGCUCAUGAGGAUAGUGGGGCCACAGAAAGUUCUGGAUCUUGUAACAGGGCACCUGAAGCACAAAAACUCAAGAGUCAGAGAGGAUGUCCUCCACAUCAUUACAGCUGCCAUGCUCGCUCACCCCAGGAAAGACUUCAACAUCCCACAUCUGUGUUUUCUAGUUGCUCCUUAUCUCGCAGACAGCAAGAAGAGGGUACGACAUGCAGCCCUGGAGCUCUUCGCUGUUUUCGACUACUGUCUUGAUACAGGCAAGAAGCAGCCAAUCAUGAAGGCUAUAGACAGGGUGGAGCUCACCGGUGAUGCCGAGGGCCUUAUGGCUGCCGUACAGGCACGAAGGGCCAGGCACAUCCUUCCUCGGCUAUCUGCAGACGGUACAGUGGAAUACGCUUUGGUUAUCCCCAAACCCGGCCAGCGACGCACGCCUCAGUUUGGCUCCGGAGCCGAUCUGGACUGGAUCCUUAAUGGGGGGAGAUCAAACAGUGCGAGGAGUCAGCGGACGGACGUGGACUCGGAAGGGCCAAAUGCCUACAGCAGUAUCGGCUCUGUGACUGAGAAUAUGCCAUUACAGAAGAGGAUAAUUAGUGCCGGCAAGGGCAAAAACAAGCUGCCCUGGGAGAGGUCAAGCCUUCCAUCUGCAGGAAAUCAGGAGCCCUGCAGUGCAAUGAAUGGAAGAUUGACUGAUAAGUCAAGCCGUGAAGAUCUCACUACCUCCAUGAGGCUGAAUCAGGAAACUUGUAUCACCCACUCUGGAUCAGGAGAACCACUUCAGUCCAACUCUUCAGGCCGGAAAAGAGAAAUUGGAGUCAGACUUUGCCGAAGUGGCAGCCUUGACUCGAACCCAGAUAUUUUCAAAGCAGUAGCCACAAACGAUUCUGAGAGAGGUGUUCCCAAGACGUGUCGGCUGCAAGGGUCCGGAAAUCCCAAUGUGGAACGUACUUUUUCUCUUCCGUCCAAUCCUACUCCUCCUGGCUCCUUCCUGCUACCCUCCUACCCUCUGGCCUCUCUGCCAGGGGUUCAGUUAACUCCCACACUGUCCCGCAGAUGCCAUGCUGACUCCACACUCUCCAUGUCCAACACAUGGCCCAACAAUCGAGAGCUGAGCCCACGACACAGGGAACCCAGUUCGUGGAGGAAUAAUUCUGGUGAGGCUGGCUCCACCAGGUGUUCUCCGAUGCAUGCUUCUCGGACUAGCUUUGCACAGGAUGCAGGGAACCAGAGAGAUCAGCGUAGCAGGAAUCUCCACCUCGACCUGACUGGCAUGGGUCUGCAGGAACCAGAUGAGGAGCAAGUGGAUAAGGAAGAGAUGAUGAACUCCCUGCGCUCCUUGCGUAACAGUGCUGCCAAGAAGCGGGCGAAGGCAAGCAUGAGUGGCUCCGAGCCGGAUCCAGACAGUCCGGACUCGGCCGUUAAACUUGAGCCAAACCUGGACUCGUCCUCUCAGACCUCUCCAUCUGUGACAAGCCCAAUGAGUGAGAGCAGCCUGUCCAGUCUCUAUUCUCCUACCACUCCCACCAUCAAUGCCACCAAGAGCAGCUCUGGGAACUCGGCAGCAAAGACAAGUAUCACUAGAGUGUCCUCAGGGAAAAAGAAAACUCCUUCCUCGAUGGAAGCAAGUUCUCAAGGUGUCCUACAGCAGGAAAAGCUUCUUUCAGAUGUGAGCGUCAGUGUUAUUGGUCAGAGAUUAUCUUACUCUAAUGGAGAAGCAGCAGAAGAGAAGCACAGAGAAGCGGCUUCACCUCCCCAUGUUAGGCCUGCAGGUCGCGAGCCGCUCAGAGCUUUAAGGCCUGCCAAAGAAUCUCAGGUACACAGUAGCAAGGCCUCCUCUGUUGCCGACAUGUCUGAGGGAGUAGUUGGCAGAGGCGUUUUCGGCUCCAUGGUUCUUCCCAGCCGCCCCGAAGUGACCACGUAUCCUGAGCAGGAUGAGUCGAUAAACAAAGCCUCAUGGGAGCUACCAGCUGGGGUAUAUGGUCAUGCUGUCUCUGGAAGUCACGGGGAUUCUGACGACAGCCCAGAAUCCGACGAGGCAAUGGAGAGGGUGAAGCUGUCCAAGUUUGCCAGGGAUAAGAUGCACCAACAUUGGUUAGAACUGCAAGAAGCCCAGCCUACAUCACAAAUGAGGCAGAGCCUUAGACGUUUAACAGCUAAAGUGUCCUCAGAUGAUGGAGCAUCUCUAAAAGAGCUGCAGCUAAACAGUAGCAUUUUGCACUCACCUAAGCCCGAAACCCUCACAAGGGAAAUACCUACCAGCAGUACAAGUGCACAAGGAUCCCAGAACCCCCAAAAAUGUCACAGUCCCCAUCAGCCGAGCCCCCCUACAGGCCUCCCUAGCAGACACACACUGCCACGGCGGAGAAGAGCUAGUCUGACCAGAGCACAGCCAUCUCUCUCCAACAACUCUGAAGAAAUCAUGCCUAUUACCCCAAAGAAGCAAUCCAAUAAACAGGUGGAGUUGAGGCCAUUCUCCAGACCAGAGCUUGCCCUCACUCAGAGCUUCACACUGCUUAGCUCAGACGACUGGGAGAAAAAAAUCGAGGGGCUCAUGUUCCUGCGCUGUCUGGCACGGUAUCACUCUGAUGUGCUUAAUAGUAGGCUUCAUGAUGUCUGCCUUGCUCUCAUUCAAGAGGUUCGGAACCUGCGCUCUGGAGUGUCCCGCAUUGCUGUUGUGACCUUAGGAGAGUUGUACUCUAGCCUGCAGAAAGGAAUGGACCAAGAGCUGGAUGCCACAGCCAAAGUUCUUCUACACAAAGCUGGAGAGACCAAUGCUUUCAUUAGGCAUGAUGUGGAUGCAGCACUGGACAGCAUGGUGCAGAACUGCACGCCUACACGCAGCAUGAAUGCCCUACUCACUGGAGGACUCUGUCACUUAAAUGCAGUUGUAAGGAAAUGUACUGCUCAGCACUUGAGUACUUUGGUUGAGAAGAUAAGCGCUGCGCGCUUAUUGUCUGGAACUAAAGAUCUCACUGACCGAAUCUUACCUGCUGUUUCCAAGCUUGCGCAAGACUCUUCAAAAGGACCCAGAUACUUUGGCCGGCAAAUGCUGCUGUGCUUGGCGUCUCACCGUGACUUUGAUAAAAUGGUGGAAAAGUACAUCCCUGCCAAAGACCUGGCAACCAUCAGGGACACCGUUGCCACUCUGAAAACCAAGGGACUGGGAGAAAUGCCUCAGGACACUCCUUCAGCUCGAGGUAGGAGUACAGCUUCUGGCAGUGGAAUGGUGCGUGCCUCAUCUCUCACUCGUGAACCUCAGUCUUGCAGCAGCAAAUACGGUAGCAAAGCUCAGUUCCACAGCAUUGCAGACAAGACUGAGUAUGUCAAGCAACUCAAAGCCCUGCUGGCUUCAAAAGACUUCCGAGAACGGAUCAAGGGCAUAGAUCAGUUGGUGGCUGACUGCGAGGAAAGCCCAUAUAUGGUCACGAGCAGCAUGUUCCUGGUGUUUGAUGCCUUUAAAGAAAGGCUGCAGGAGUCAAACAGCAAAGUGAACCUCCACGCGCUAGAGGCCUUACAGAAGAUAAUCAUAUUACUUAAAGACAACUUGGCCCAAGUGGUUUAUAUCCUUGUCCCAGCUAUUGUGGACAACCACCUCAACUCGAAGAAUAACAGCAUCUACACGGCUGCAACGGGGGCCAUACAUGCGCUGAUCGAUAACCUUGACAACGCCCUGCUUCUUCAGCCAUUUUGCACAAAGGCACAGUUUCUCAGCGGGAAGGCUAAAUUGGACCUUGUUGAUAGGGUUGCAGAGCUGGUCAGAGAACUGUACCCCCGCAAGCCACAGCUGGUUGAACAGAAAGCCCUCCCUCUGCUUUGGCACCUCCUGGGCACGUCGCGUAAAAGCGGAACGAUCCACGGCAGGAGCGGCACCAUGAGAGGUGUCACCACCAACCUGUGCCAAGUGCUGUAUGCUCACAUGGGCCCCAUGCUUCUAAAUCAAGCUGCUUCACAACCUUCCAACAUCCUCAAGAGCCUGAAUGAGAUUCUGCAGACAUUCACUCCCCUCUGAGUUCCCUGGCUGGCAAACAACUUGAAAACAGAGUUCUCUCGUUUCUCAUGCACUUUAGGAAAAAAAUAAAAGAUACAUAA